UUUGCAUUAUCACUUUGCGGCAUCAUGAUGGAGCAGCGCGCAGCGGCGAGCGUCCGUGCUUCCAUGGACUUUAACGGGCCGCUCAACGCGUUGUCUACGUCUCCAAACAAUCGUUUGAUCGCAGUGGGCGGUAGAGAUGUGCUCAAGGUCGUGGCACUAGAAGCCUCGGGCUUCACGGAAAAGCGAAACCUGCGCGUAGUGGGUAAACCCAGUCUAAACUUCAGCACCAAUGACAUCCGCUGGCACCCACACUCGGACUAUUUACUGGCCACGGCGGCCACAAAUGGCGCCGUGGUGAUCUGGAACUUAGAACGUGACGGAUAUAAGCAUGUUCAAGAGCGAGUGUUGAACGGGCAUCGACGUGCGGUUAACCGCAUUUGCUGGCACACGUCGGACUGGAACGUGCUAAUCAGUGGGUCGCAGGACGGCACUGUAAAACUCUGGGAUAAGCGUGGUGGGAAGGUUGUGUCUACAUACCAACCAAAGUCAGAGAGUGUGCGUGAUGUGCGAGCCAGUCCGUUCCACCCCAACAAGUUUGCCGCUGCGUUUGAGAAUGGUAUUGUGCAAGUGUGGGAUAUGCGCAAGAACUCGCAGCCAGAACUCAAGUUCACGGCGCACAAGGGCUUAGUUUUGAGUAUUGACUGGCAUCCGACGGAUGCCAAUGUCUUGGCUUCUGGUGGCCGUGAUCGCUAUGUGAAAAUCUGGGAGUUGGGGGAUGUCCGACAGCCGAAACAAACGAUCCAGACCAUUGCGAGCGUGGGGCGUGUAGCCUGGCGACCAACUUGUGUCACGCAUAUCGCUACGAGCGCCUCGCUUAUGGACAAUAGCAUUCACGUGUGGGAUACCAAGCGGCCAUUCAUCCCAGUCGCGUCCAUGAAAGGCCAUUCGGACAUUGCAUCGGGCAUUUCGUGGAUGGAUACACCCGUGUCCCCGAAUUUUGGGCAACCAGAGAUUCCUGGAGACUGGGAAGGCCACGACUACUGGCAGCAUAUGCUAGCGUGCUCGAAGGAUGGCACUCUAAAGUUACAUUCGCUUGCUGACUCAUUCAAACCACAUCAGUCACUACCGACCACAACACUUGCGCUCAACUCUAAAGGACAAGUCGCAUUUUCCCACGACUACAUUGAUCGAUCGUGUGCUUCCCUGAAGAUUCAUCGUCACUUUAGUUUGGGUAGUUCGCUCUUUACAGUUGGGGGAGUAUCGUCGUCAUCUCCAAGUCUCGGUCCGUUAACUGGUGAUCGAAAGUCUGGUGGUGGCCCACUCACAAUGUCGUUAAGCCCUUAUCACGGCAGCGUCGAAAGCCCAGACGAUACUAUUACUGGAGCAACUCAAGAGCAGCCUUCGCGCACUGCGUCUUGGUCGUUCAGUGGAUCACAGCAGCCUCCUCUAGCGCCCAAGGGAUUGAACAGAUCAGCGGGUAGUAGUGCGAACUUAACAAGUUUAUCGAGUGGAGCAUCGUCCACGGGGACGGGUUAUAAGUCAGCAGGGGGAAGCAGCAGCCUCAACGCUGUAAGCGGCAUGGGAUCAGGUGGAAUCGCCCGAGGAUCAGGCCCAGCGUCGUCCUCUCAGCCGAACAUGUUAUCGUUGCAGGGGAACAGCACUGCGGGAGGAGCAAACGUGCACUCGGACGGGAACUUUGUGUCUGUAUCGAACGCAUCAGCUUCGUUGGCGUCUGCAUCGCCUGGAACUCCAAUGAUGUCCGGCUCAGCGGUACCUCGUGCGCUAGUGGCGCUUGUGACAAUGCAGAACGUAAACAACUCGCACCAACUCGAGAAAAUCUUCCUGGGCGAUGAGAGCGAGUACGUGCAAGCAGGGAAACAAGUUGAAGCCAUGCGCGCACAAUUCGAGCAAGGCCAGUACUUGAAAGAGUCUUUCGGGUUUGAUGAGCACACGUUCCGGUUCUUGGCUAAGCACUACAUGCUAUUCCCCGAAGGCGCCAGCAAGAACAGUAAUGGAGGUGGUGGUGAUAAGGGUGGAGUUAGCUUCGCGCAAAUGUGUGCGCAUAACGCUUUGGCCGCAUUUGUCACCGGAAAUUCGCACUUGUGUCAGAUGUGGCGCAUCUUGGAAGUUCUGUAUGCGAACGAAGAAGCAGAUAUUGCAAAAGUUAAGCGGAGUGGAGGUAAAUUGAAGACCAACGAACAUUAUACUGCCGAAGAUGGUCAAGAUCGAGAUCUGGACGACGAAAACCGCGAGCGUUCUCCAAGUGACAGCAACCACGACGACCAAGUGGAUGGUUUUGUGCAGAGAGACGACAGGCACGACAGCGAAGAGUUUAGUCAUGAUGGACACAGUCACGCGACUCACGGUCAUAACGCGAGCGAGACGACUAUGUUACUGGAGCAACUCGACCAUGUCAAUCCGCAAGCGAUGGAAGGAUUCGAUCCGUAUCCGUAUGAUCAUACUGGAAGACACGCAAACGAGAUCGGACGAGAAGCUGGAGAUCGCAAUGGAACGUCUGGAGUGGCCAACGUACGCGGGAAUUCAUCGAUGAUCAUGAAUGGGAGUGCCGUCAUGGGGGAUCUAGGCCAUCUACGUGAUGAUGUGCUGAAGGAAGUACUGGAGUAUUACACGGAGAUCGGAGAUUUACAGUCGUGUGUUGCCAUCACGGUUGUCGUGGGGAAAGUGACUAGUGUUGAGAAAGUCAUGGGGAAGGCGUGGCUGCAGCACAUUUACAUGCACUACAUCGAUCUGCUUCAUCAGCUGCAGAUCUACACGACGGCAAACGAACUGGUCGCAAAUUGCUCGGACCAAUCCAUUCGACAGAUGAAUAUGAAAUCCACGAGCGUCUACUUCAAUUGUGCAAGAUGCUCCAAACCUCUCGAGUCGUCUGGCCCCAGCGACCUUGGUGUACCAAUCUCGCUUUGUACAAGUUGCAGCAACACUGCCACAUUAUGCUCCAUCUGUCAACUACCAGUACGGGGUCUCUAUGUCUGGUGUCCUGUAUGUGCACAUGGCGGCCACUUGGAUCACCUAACGGAAUGGUUUGCUCACGAGACAGUUUGUCCGACCGGAUGCUCACACCACUGCUCGUUAAAUCUUGUCGACGCUGGGAUGAGAAAUUAAUUCGCCUGGUUGUUAUUAAUUGCUGUGGAAAUACCACACAGCGAUCGAGACACAAAUGAUCGCCGUUGUGGAAAUUAGCACACACACUUUGCCGUCAAAGAAGCUCGUAGUUGCGUCAAACAGCGCGGUCGAGUUUGAAGCUGACAUGUUCGUUUCCGCUCUAUCUAGCGGUCUUUCCGGCCCAAGAAGUCUGCCAAAAGGAGUGUUCUGCAACCAACUUCGCAUGGCUAGCCUAGCCAUUGCGAAUCGGAUUGCUAACUGAGUUUCUGUUGCUCCACCUGAGAGCUCCAACACGCGAUCAUAAUAUCGUUGCGCACGUUCCAGAUUAACUCCUACACCGUCGCCAAACUCGUACAUUUGACCAACAUUAAAGGCUCCAACAGCGACACCCUCAGCACUUGCCCGACUGUACCACCGCAGCGCAACCUUUGGAUCCUUACGCAUUCCAGCAAGUCCGUAGUAGUGAUAAUCUCCGAUUCGCACGAGGGUUUCUCUGUCGCCGUUUUCAGUAUUCGCCAAUAGCAAGUACUUCAGUGCUCUGCGUUCACUCGCUAUGUUCCCUAGUUGCAACAGACGUUGGUCGUAGAGGAAGGCUAAAUUGCUGGUUGCUACAGGAUAUCCAAGCUCGCGAGCUUCAUGGUACGCAACAACAGCGCGUUCAUACUCUCCAUUAGUGUAUAGAUCGAACCCCUUCCUCACUACACGCCCCCAUUGUCCUCCAUCACACGCUG